AGAACGGUUUCAGGCGAAUAUUUAACAGUUCCUUGCAGCUGUUCUAAAUUGAUUGUUGUUUGUUCGAUACGUGGCUACAUUUUAUAUUAUAUUAUAAUUUUUUAUCCGUCGAUUUUGAAAGUUACAAUCCGUGAUUAUAACAAAACUAAAGAAAAGAUAAAAGAACAAAAGACUUUCUGUGUUUCGUGUAUUCGUGCUUCUAUUCCGUGACGUAACUGGAUUUCUUGUGAAACUCGACUGCUUUACUCAGAUUGUUUACGAACGACGUUACCGCGGAUGGUUAUUACAUUCGUGUAAUUGCGUAACGAAGACGUCCAAAAUGUGGGAAGUCGACUCUGACACGGGGUCCCAUAGUGUGUCGUCUGAUGGACUCCGACGACGGCAGGGAUGGGAUCCAGAAGCCGAGAGUCUCGCUUCUCAUAUCGACGAACUCGACGAAGUCCUCGCCGAGGAAGAGGAAGGAUGCCCGCUGCCGUCCACGCCGGAGGAUCAACAUUUACUCGACGCGGAAAUGGCUGAAGUUUUAAAAGCAGGCGUGCUAUCCGAUGAAAUCGAUCUCGGUGCUCUGGCCCAUAACGCGGCUGAGCAAGCCGAGGAAUUCGUUCGUAAGGUUUGGGAGGCGUCGUGGAACGUGUGUCACUUCAGACAUCUGCCCCGUUGGCUGCAAGACAACGACUAUCUACAUAAAGGCCACAGACCUCCACUGCCGUCUUUUAGUGCCUGCUUCGCUUCCAUCUUCCGUAUUCACACCGAGACUGGUAACAUCUGGACUCAUUUGCUCGGCUGUGUCGCGUUCAUUGGCGUCGCCAUUUACUUCCUGACACGGCCCUCUAUCGAAAUACAAAUGCAAGAGAAAAUGAUCUUCGGUGUUUUUUUCAUUGGCGCUAUAGUAUGUCUCGGUUUUUCGUUUGCCUACCACACACUGUAUUGCCAUUCGGAAAUGGUUGGUAAACUGUUCUCAAAGCUCGACUAUUGUGGCAUAGCACUGCUCAUAAUGGGUUCGUUCGUUCCUUGGCUGUAUUACAGUUUCUACUGUCACUACAGACCUAAAAUAAUAUACUUGUCUGUAGUGAUUGUUUUAGGUAUAUUAUCUAUUAUAGUGUCACUUUGGGAUAGAUUCUCAGAGCCUCGACUCCGUCCCCUUCGAGCUGGAGUGUUCAUGGGUUUUGGUCUGUCUGGUGUAGUGCCGGCUAUACAUUAUGGUAUCACUGAGGGCUGGUUUAGCCAAGUUAGUAAGGCAUCUCUCGGCUGGUUGGUGCUAAUGGGUCUGCUCUACAUAUUGGGGGCUAUGUUCUAUGCCCUCAGAGUACCUGAACGCUGGUUCCCCGGUAAAUGUGAUAUCUGGUUCCAAUCUCACCAGAUAUUCCAUGUGCUUGUGAUUGUGGCUGCAUUUGUCCACUAUCACGGUAUCAGUGAACUUGCAUCGUACCGCGUAACCGUCGGUGAGUGUUCGAUGCCUCCAUCAUCCAUUGCCUUCUAGCCUCGACCCUACCAAAUGUGAUAGUAGACCAUAGAUAACUUUAAGUAGGUUACAAACAUUUAAUAGUUUCAUUGUAUAUUUUUUUAACAAGUAACUAACUAAAUCGAUUUUUCUAAGUUUUUUAUAAAACUGGCAGGUUUAAUGGCCAUGAAGCACUAACAUGAGACUAAUAAAAAAUAAAUUUAAUUCCACUCAUAAAGUUUGAAUCUUAUUUUCAAAUCUGUUUUCAUAUAAUUUAUGAUGGAUCCUUUGUAGUAGACAAUUUUGGGGAACACAAGCCGAUACAGCCAACACAUGCACGAAAUAGUCUGAGUUUUGUUUAUUGCAACCUUAUGGACUAAGAUUUUUGAUAUAAUAUAUUUUAUAGAAUGUACUUAAUUUGCACACUGUAACCGCUUACAUAAUCAACAUUAACUCUCCAUUCCGCUAAUUAUUUUACGACUUUUUCUAAGAAACAUUUAAAAUUUAUUUAAAUAUAAACAAUAAAAAUCCUAAAGUCUUUUAAUUUUUAUACAUUGAAAACAUAAACUGUAUGAAAGCUAUUGUUACUUCAUAUUUAGUCUUGUCUAGUUCAAUUUGUUGUUUGUCUUUUGUUGUUAUAGUAUUAAAUAAUAUUUAUUUCACAUUCAUAUCAUCUAACAUAUAUCUAGAAUCUCAAUAAAGUUUAUAUUUAAGUUGAAUUCUCUUGGAAUUAAUAGCAGAACACAUUCCAACAGAUAAAAGAAUAUUUUGAUUUCAAUAGUCCUGAUGCAGUCUGUAUUAGUUUAAAAAAAAAUGUAUAUUCUAAAUUGUAAGUGUUCAUAAAACCUAUUUUAUUAAAAUUAAAAAAAAUAAACUGUAAAUAUAAAAAAAAAAACUGAGCUCUAUGGGUUAGGUACAUUAUUUAGGAUGUUGAAAGAAUAGUAUAAAAUAAUUGAUGGAAAUUAUUGUCUGUGGGCUCAGAACGUCAAAUAAAUUGUACUUUUGCACUCUUUUCUCAUUUUUUUUCAUUCUUAAAGGCAUAGCACUCUUCAUUGUUCCAAAAGACCUUGGAUUGAUUAAGAAAGACAAUAUUUUCAUCAAAAUUUAUUUGUUAAUUUUUGUUUUUGAAAUUUCACUUGUAUUUUGUAGUUCUAAUUGUUUCAUUAUAUUAACUGUUUGAUUACUGUUUGUUUGAAGGGAUUAAAAUUAUGAUUAUGCAAUAAAGAUUAAUUGAAAAGA